AUGUCGUCGAAACCAUUCCCCCCUCCUAACGGGAUGACCUCCUUCUGGCGCUCUUCUCCUGGAUCCCUUGACAAUCACCGAUCAACGGCAGGAUUACCCUCAAAAUGCGACAUCCUUAUCAUCGGAGCCGGGUUUUCUGGCGCUUCGCUCGUGACACAUAUGCUAUCGCAGCCUGAGUCAAAGGACAAGUCAAUCGUUGUCUUGGAAGCCCGGCAACUAUGCUCUGGCGCGACAGGGCGAAACGGAGGGCAUAUUAAGCCUGAUGUCUACAACUUGUGCUCACACAUGGCUUUAAAGCACGGUAUAGACGCUGGAGCAGAGAUUGCCGAGUUCGAGCUCGCCAACUUCGAAGCGGUUAAAAGUUAUGUCCUUGACAACAAUGUAGACUGCGAUUUUAUGAUCACUCAGGCUGUCGAUGUACAGCUAUCAGAAGAGCACAACGCCUUGCUCAAAGGUGGAUAUGGUAAGCUCGUCAACGCCGGCGUAAGCGCCACAAAGCAAGCAUUUUAUGUCGAUGACAAGUAUGCUGAAACAGUCUCGGGUUUGAAGGGCGCAAAGGGAGCCUUCAAGUACACCACCGGGCAUCUCUGGCCCUCCAAGCUGGUCCAUUAUAUGUUCGCCGAAGCUCUGAAGCACCAGAACCUGAACCUGCAAACCAACACUCCCGUGACAGCUAUUCCUGCUUCUCCAGACGCGGACGGGAGCUGGAGCGUCACUACUAGUCGGGGUGUCAUCAAGGCUCGAAAGGUCAUUGUGGCGACGAAUGCCUAUACCGCAGCGCUUCUUCCAGAGUAUCACGAAAGGAUCAUCCCCUACCGCGCCAUCUGCAGCCGCAUCGUUGCUCCCAACCCGCCGCUUUUGGCAGACUCUUAUGUCAUUCGAUUUAGUCCUGCGGACUUUGACUAUCUUAUCCCCCGACCGGACGGCAGCAUCAUUGUUGGGGGCGCCAGAUCGGCUUAUUUUCGACAUACUGAGGAUUGGUACGGUAGUGUCGACGACUCAAAGGUCAUUGAAAGAGCGAAAGAUUACUUCGAAGGGUACAUGCAGCGACACUUUCGUGGCUGGGAAAACAGCGGUGCACAUACAGAUCAAAUCUGGACUGGAAUCAUGGGCUACUCGGCAGACGAAGUUCCCCGCAUCGGCCAUGUACCAGGACGGAAAAACAUGUUUAUAAUGGGCGGUUUUACUGGUCACGGAAUGCCGCAGGUCUUUCUAGCUGCCAAAGGAAUUAGCCGCAUGGUCUUGGAGAAUAUGUCGUUCUCCGAGGCCGGAAUCCCGAAGCUCUUUGAAGAGACGGAAGCGAGGCUAAAGAGUGAUGAGAACUUCUUGAAGGACAUGAUUGAUGCACAGCCAAGCUUGGCUAAGAUGUAG